UUGCUUCCGGUGUCACCAUCAUACGUGACCCCCGGCUGAAAAGAAGAGCGGCUUCUUUCAUAACAUUAACUCUGGUUUAUUUUCCGAUACGUAAGUUGCCUCUUGAUGAUUUUUAAACGUUUCUACAUCUGUGUUGCUGCUUUCACACGUAGCCAGAUUACUCUACGCCUGCGGUGGUGUGCGCCAGGCUGUUUGAACGUAAGGUUCCAGGGUGGCUCCCCCCUCCAUGUGUGAUCCCUGAUGGGCAGCUGGUCUCGCAGUGCCGUGCUGGAGCUGUACAGGGCGCUGCUCCGCGCCGGACGCCACCUUCAGUACACAGACAGGAACUACUACCGCCGGGCCGUGGCUCGGGAGUUCCGGCGCUGCCGGGACCUGAGCGUGCCUGAAGACAAGGAAGAGGCGCUGAAGAGAGGCCAGUUCUUCCUCAGCAGUGGGCUGGGUGGGCUUAUGUAG